CAUUAGAUUGACGAAACUCGGAAUAGAAAGAAGUCCAGCUUGUGCACAUAGGAGCUCUUCUAGGCUCCGGAGAACGAUUGGCAUAUUUCUACCAUUAUUUUCACAGUUGCAGUAACUUUGCGGCAAUUGUUCUACUAAUAUUAUUUGAAAUCAAACGCAUGAUAAUUCCGCAAUUACAGGAUUACAAUUUGAUUGUGUUUUCAAUCCUGGACCGCCUUCUCGUGCAUUUUCAAUUAGAGCCUUGUGUGCUGAUAAGCCUGUUUGGCUAGUGUAUGUGUACUGUGCAGGCUAUACUCGUUAUAGGCUAGACAUUUCUGCCUGCAAGAUAACCUGCCCUCUAGCUCAGCCUAACUUGUAACCUAACCUGCUUUUAUCCUAUUUUAACUUGCCCCAUAGCUCAACCUUACCUUUAACAUAAUCCGCCCUUUAACCUUACCCGCGCUUUAGCUUGGCUUGCUCCUAGCUAGAUGGAAACAUCGCCGUGAGAGGAACCGAUCAAGAUGAUGGAAGCAGACGAGGGGGGCAUAAACCCUUCAGCGGGGGGCAGCAACCCCUUCGGAGAGCCGCGGGAACCGCCGCAGAACGACGCCCUGGAGCGCACCAAGCGGCAGGUGGAGGAGGUCAAGUCCAUCAUGGGGGAGAACGUCCAGCGCGUCAUAGCGCGCGGCGAGACGCUCGAGAACCUGGACGCACGCGCGGCCAACCUCACGGCGAACGCAAGCGAGUUCCAGCGCACGUCGCGGUCGUUGCAGCGCAAGAUGUGGUGGAAGAACAUCAAGAUGUGGCUUAUCCUCGGCCUCAUCGCCAUCAUCAUCAUUGUGAUCAUAAUCAUCGCAGCGGUGCCCCCCAAGACCACACCCACCGUCACCCCCUCCGCCGGUGCCCUCCAACCUUAAGCUCGAACGUCACGAUUUAACCAAAGUUCAUGAAUAUCAACUAUUCACAACUUGAGGAUAUUCACAGUAUAAUGAAAUCUAGCAUCGCAGGACUAUUAUUUACUGUUCGCACAACUCUAUACUUACGCGUUAAUAUAUUCGACGAGUCACCAGUCCAAUAAUAAUUGCCCAAUUGAUAUCCUUAUAUUAGUGCGAUCACCCACUCGCUGUAACAAUUUGCCUAGCUUCAUGAAGCCAAGAGACUUUAAUAUGUGCUGAACGCGGGAUCUUUGUUGUGUUGGACAGGUGCGUUGUCAAUAUAUAUUUUUUGAAAUUAUAUAGCGUUGAUCUUACUGCCACCGAUUAUUUAUCUAUACUUUGUUAAUUAGAACGUUGAAGGAGAUCAUGUGGCAAAAACAACACGCCGUAUUUGAUAAUGCAAUAAAUAAAGCUAGUGAGCAUCGAGCGACAAUAUACUGAAGACCUGAGAUAUAUAAUUCGAUAAGGAUUGCAACGCUUCCAAAUCAUUCAAACUGUUCCGAAUUCGACAUGGAGGUGAGCAUUCUAGCACGCACUACAAUACCAACUAUUGUACCAUUGAAUACUUGUAUACUUUUACAGGCAGAAUAUAUGCAUUUUGGUAUUUGUACGUUUAAAUAAUUUCCGCUAGUUCGUGAGAGUUUUCCAUUUAAAUAAUACCUCCAGCCAUUUGAUGAUUAAU